UUCUUCAAUUUAUAUUACGAUUUGAAUUUUUUCGAACUAUGUUAUCAAAAAAUUACUUCUACAAUCUACUAUUCCUAAGUUCGAUAUGCUUUUCUAUGAUGGAUCUGAACAAUGGAAGUUUAAUGACAUUGUCACCUACUGACGUGUACUUUCAAAUUGAAAAUGAAUCAUAUGGCAUCAAAAAUACUGGCCUAUCUUUAGUGAAAGAUCAUAACAACGACACGUUUGAUUUAAAAGGAAAAUACAUUCCUACUUUUGCGAUGUUGAAUGCUAUCAAAGUUAUCAAUUAUAAAUUGUUUAUUAUACACAAGAUUGGUACCCCAGUUCCUAUAAAUAUAUCUAUCAAAGCCGAAAAUUACCAAUUUGAAAUUAAUGAUUUGGAUAAAAAUUCAACAUAUUCCCUAAAAGUUCUCUUCCAAUACGGAAAUGUUACAAUUAAUCAGUUUUCUGUGACCCUAACAUUCAAAUAUGAAAAGAAACCAAAAUGUAUCGAAAAGGGCUUGAUGUGCUUUCCUAUGAGGGAUCAAAACAAUGGAAGUUUAACAAUAUUAACACCUUAUGACAUGCUUUGCAAAAUGGGAAAGAAUACAAUUUAUGGCAUGAAAAUUUUUGCACUCAAGGUAUGGAAAAUUAGUGGCAUCACGUAUAGUUUAUAUGGAAAAUUAUUACCUGAUAUAUCGUUGAACACUAAUUAUUCACUCAAAUAUACAUUGUAUAUAUUUAAGAAUGGAACAUUUAUAACAGUUAUUAAAAAUAAAUCUAUCAACAUGACGGGAAAGGAACAAUAUACUAUUGCAAUUGGGAAAUUAAAACAGCCUACAACAUAUUACUUAAGAGUUUCCUUAUACCACGAAAAUGAUACAACUAAACUGUUUUCUCUUAUUCAAAAAUUCAAAUAUCCGAUAUUACCAAAAUGUAUCGGAAAGGAUCCGAUAUUACCAAAAUGUAUCGAAAAGGAUCCGAUAUUACCAAAAUGUAUCGAAAAGGGUUUCAUAGGCUCUGAUGUGAAGCAUCUGGACACUGUACGUGAAAAUUCAAUGACAUUCCAAAAUGAUUCAAUUUAUGGUCCGAGAUUUUUAACAAUCGAACCAAUAGAUAAAUAUGUCCAAGGGUCUAUUGAUAUAGCGGCAAGAUUUUUAAUUCCUAAAUCGGAGCGUACCAUAAAAUAUUUCAUCUGUACCUUAAAAAAAAUUGGCCGAAAUUAUACUCAGACCCAAAAUCUCGUAUACAAAUCGAGAAAAGAAGAAUACCAAUUUGACUUUGAAAAUUUGGAUCGCAAUUCUAUAUAUUACAUAAAUAUAGGCACCAAAUACGAAAAUGAUAUAAUAAAUCACAUUUCCUCUAGUCGCACUUUCAAAUCUCAAGAUGAAUUAAUAGGACGUAUAGAAUUUAGUAAUUUCUAUGAUGCGACGAUAUAUAAGGUAAGGAGGAUUACAUUAAAGGACGGAUUAGCAAUUCAAGUAUUUUGGAAUUCUACUGUAAGAACGAAAAAUACUUUAUUUUGCGUUUCAAUGGAUUCCACCUAUCCGGGAAAUGUUUCAAAAAAAGCUACGAUAUGGGGAGAGACUUCUCACAUCUUUCUGAAGGCGAUAACAAAUAACGAAUAUAGAUUAUCGCUAUGGGUUUCGGCGUUAUGCCAAUUCGAAGAAAAUGAUAAAUAUCAAACCAAACAUCAAGUCUAUAUAAACCUUAAAUAAUAAAUUUUUAUAUACUCAUAUUAUUUGGUAUUUAAGGGAAUUUGUGAUUAAAAUGAUUUAAACAUGGGUUAAUUAUAUAAUCUAUUUUUUA